AUGCCACUCGCACAGGCGGUCAAGACCGCCAUCGAGGAGGUCAUCUCAGCCUUGACAACGACAACGAGCCGUCGCUCAAAACGUCGUCUCGCAGACAUGUUCCUCGAACUCGUCGACAGGCAGUCCUGGCCCGAGUACUACCACGUGAUCCCGAAGCCACGCUGCAUCAACGGCAUCAGAACUGCCCUUGCCCAGAACAAAUACCGUCACGUUCUCGACGCGUUCGAGGACCUCAACACCGUCUUCCUCAACGCCCUCCACUACAAUGAGGAAGGAAGUCAGAUAGCCAAGGACGCGGAAACUCUCAAGGGCAUCCUCCUCACCGAGUGGAAACGUCGUCCCAUCCUCCCCCCACCGCCCACCACCCCCUCGCAAAAACCACACGCGAAGAAAGUCCAGAAAGAGCGUGCCGCAGCCACUCCCACUCCAGCAAAUGCCCCACCCACCCCGUCGACGUCUCAACCUCUCCCAAAACCGUCCACCUCGUCCUCCGCUAUGGACGUCGAUCCCCACACCUCCUCCUCUCGCCCCCAGUCCAAGCAGACAGCAGCCAAACUCAGGACCCCCGAUCACCCGUCUUCGUCCGACAUCGAGGUCGACGUUGGCGGCACCCCGGAGCCUGAACCCGUCGCCCCCGAUGCCGCGCGUGAGGGCGAGGGCGACGAGAUCGUCCGCCAAUUGGAAAAGAGCCUGCCCAGAUGGGAGGGCUUUGCGGACGUCGGCUGGGCCGAGGGCCUCUCUUCCGACCGCAUGAUGGAGAUCCUGUCCGCGCUGUCCGGGUACAGGGACCGGGGAGGAAAUCGACCUGCAGAUCACCUGGAGGCUAUGCCGGAGGAGACGACCAUACCGGACCUCUCGUUCAAUGCUCCCCUGUCUUUCUCUCUCGUUCAGAGCCGCAUACAAGCGGGCUACUACUACCAGUCACCACAAGCUUUCGACAAGGAAAUGUCACAGCUCUUCCUCAAGGCUCGGCGGUGGUAUGAGCGCCGAACGGAGGUAUACGGUCAGGUGCUGGUGUUGCAGCGUCUGUACCAUGCCCUCACCUCUCCAAAUCCUCCCUUUCCCCCUUAUGAAUCCACAAAUUAUUUCGCAGGAGUCCCAGCAGGUCCAGGUCUGGCAACUCCGCUCAACUCCACCGAGGGGGAGGCCGGGACUGGUGUCACCAUGUUCCGCGUCUCUGUGAAGGAUAGGAAGGUGGUGGACGAAGUACAGUUUAAGGGCUGGUCCGUCCGCCUCGCGGACUGGCUGCACCUCAGCAACCCAGACGACGCCAGCCGACCGAUUAUCGGGCAAGUGUUCAAAUGUUACGUCUCGGAGGACGGACCGCGGAAGGGGCAGCCCGGAGUCACAGUCUGUUGGUACUACCGGCCCGAACAGACGUGGCACACUGCGGACAAGCAAUUUUACGAGCGCGAGGUGCUGAAGACCGGUCAUUUCGUCGACCACCCGGUGGAGGACAUCAUGGAGAAGAUCGCGUGCCAGUUCACGGCGCGGCACGUCCGCGGGCGGCCGCGGCCGCCGUUCUGGUACCCGGGCUGGCCGCUGUACGUGUGCGACUACCGGUACCACGAGCGGGAGCGGGAGCGCGGGUUCGUGCGGAUCAAGAACUGGAACUCGUGCAUCCCGGAGGAGCUCCGGAAGAACGCGGAGUUCAUGCCGAUCUACAACUUUGAGCAGACCGUCUUCCCCCGCCGCGUGCCCAGCCCGUUCGUCCUCGACUCGGCGCUGCACUCGAGCGGCGGGCUCGUCGACGCGGACGGGCGCUCGGCUCCGGCAGCGGUGGGGACAGCGACUGGGACCGGGGCGGGGGCGGGGACGACGGCGAUAACGGACGAGGCGACGAGCGGGAGUACGGUGAGGAAGAGCUCGCGCCCGAAGCGCGCGGCCGCGGCCAAGUCGGACGCGGAGCGCAUCGCGGCGCUGAAGGGCGUGCCGGUCCCGACGACGACGACAACCGCGGCGGCGACGGCGCAGCACGUCCCGCCCGCGGCCCCGCCGCGGGACGACCGCUCGAUCCUCGCGGCGGGCGGGGUGCAGCUGGGGAGCAGCGUGGUGACGGAGGAGCUGCCGUCGGAAACGGCACGGCAUUUCGAUCGCGACCCGGAGACGGGGGAGGUGCUGUGGUUCGCGGCGGCGCCUGUGGACAUCGUGCACGCGCCGCUCCCGCGGCACAGCUUGAAGUACCUCGCGCACCUGGCGCGGAAACGGAAGGAGGCGGGGGGAGGGGAGGGGGAGGCGGAUGUGGACGUACCCGCGCCGAAGAAGCAGAGGAUGCCGCCGACGGCGACGGAGGCGUUGGUGGCGCUGUUGGAGGAGCAUGGGAUGCUGUGA